ACCAACAAUGGGGCUCUUGAGGACCAUCGCUUUGGUUAUUCUAGGCAUUUCUGGCUUCACAUUUGUCGCGCUUUUUGGGAGGUUGCCUGCAUUCCGGUAAGGCUCUGCAUGCCCAUUGCUGCCACGUUGCCAUAUUUCUUUCUGUAUAAGAGCAUUGUCACAAAGUCCUUCAUCACACCCAAAAACCACGCGCAAGAAAUGGAACGCUAUCCUUAUGAUAAAGUCAUCUUUCACCCGGGUCGCUACUGCAUCACAUCACCGUUGGCGAUGGCUUUUCUCGUUUACCACACUUACCUUAUCUGGGCUGGCAUGACCACAAAUGAGAGUGCGAAGUGGUCCGAUUGGAAAGAGGAUGUCGCUGAUGGUAUGGUAUUUAAAUCUACCAAGACAGAGGCCUACGGAAACUCGCCUUUGCUCCGCGAAUAUCAGAACCCGCAAACAUACUGGCCGGCAAGCAGUGACCAGGUGCUUGUACUUACGGAAGGUGAGCAACCGAGAAUGGGCUUCGUGUUCUCACCCGAUUCCAAUGAGAUUAGACAGCCCAAUGCGAGGGAGGCACCUAUUGAUCAUAAAUGGACAUUAGUGCGCAUUGGCCAAUCAUAUUGUGCGGCGUACUUGGACGAGUCGGCGGGACCGGAGCCGGAAAAAUUCACUUUUCAAUGCGGCGUUUCUGUCUUCCCCGCCCAAUUUGUUAUUCUAAGUCAACAACUUUGUCGCAUAGUGUUUGUGAGCUUCCUCACAGAUCCUGCCAAGAUGGCUGACCGGACUGCUGCGGACAUGAAGCCAAAAUGUACCCCGGCCGAGCUCAUGCUAAAGGUUAUCCUGACGGGAACCUUAAGUCACUAUGAGACUCGUGGGAUGAUUGACGAUAAACGCCUCGAGCAUAUGUUAUCUGCCGGGAAACAGAUAUUGUACAAGACACACCAGGAGAGCGAUGUUAGACAUAAUUUAGGCCUGUCACCAGACAUUUGGCAGGGCUUUACGGAUGUUUUGACAAAAGCGAUACCCGUUCUAGAAUCACAGUCAUUUGCGUGGAAAUGCCCCCCGACUGCGAAUUACGACCAUUCCUCGUCGAACUUGAUAGCCUACAAUUAUUUUUCGCUUGUCAAGGAUAUCGAACGUCUAAAUGAUCUGUGCACGAUCGCCCGUAACCUCCUCGCGACAACAAAGAAAGCACAGAAUAUGGCGGCUGAAAAAGGCUUUGAUCAAAGGAUCUUAGCAUUGGUGGACACGUGUGUGAGAGUAACUGCCCGUGGGUUUGACGGUGAAACGAAUGCAAGGAAUGAAGAGCGCUGGCAGAAAGUAGUCAACCUCUACAAGCGCUUGUUGAUCACAUGUCUCCAGUUCCUGCACAACUUUAUCAUGCACAAUGAACAGCGGAAAAUGGUACUCUGGUUGGAUCUUUUCGGAUACCACUCCACUGGAGAUUCGAAUAUCAUUCAACCUCGAGAGCCGCUAGACCCGGCCAGUUGUCAGCCUGAGGGAGCGGCGCCCAUCGUCAAGACUGGUGAGAGAAUCGUGAAUCCCCCUAUCAGGGCUCUUUACGACCAAACGGCAGAAGACUUGCUCCUGGAGACUAUCUCUAACUUUCCGAGAGAGCCAGCGACGAUCAAAGAGGAAGCAGCAAUGUUACUUCUCGCAAAUAUCAAAGACCACAUGGAGAAGCUUCUUGGGCGCGACUUGACAGCUAUUCAAGAAAUGGGCAAGGAUCCAGAGCAAGUCAAAGAAAUCCGUGCUGCUCUUACGGCGAUACUAGGUGCAAAGGUUGAUGGAUUCUCGGACCUCCAAGACAGAGCUAAAGAUCUGCCACCAGCCCUUCCCGAAGACGAGCCGCCGCGCAAGAAGGCCAUACUUACAAUAGAUCGAAGCACGACGGCCGGAUUCCCGCGUAUCUGCUGGGCUGAUCUGCCUGACCUCAACGCCUAUGGUGCCCUUGCUGCAGGGGAUGCGACUAUCAUGGAGGAAGAUACAAGCAUGCCGCGGUCUGCUCAAUCUGCUGCGGAAACGCUCCAAGAAGCGAAGGAUGAGUUGAUGGCCCGACUUCAAGAGUCAUCUCAAAUUGGGGGCGACGGCGAUCAGGACUAUGACACUGGCGAUGCAGGAACAGUUGGCGACGACGAUUCACGUAGUCUUGAGGCCGUGGCAGACGGAAGCAUGGAGGAAGAAGAAGAGGAAGAUGAUGAGGACGAUGAUGAUUAUCGAGGACGCCCAGGUGAUCAACAACGUGGUCUAUUGACAGACAUCCCUCUAGUCCUGGGCCCCGCGGAGAUAGAGGCGCUUCCGAUGAUCAUUCAGGCUGGUAUUGUCGAUAGCUUUGGGCUGAAGGGAGGAGAGAGAACUGGCUCAAGGAAUAUGCAGGCACUUAGAUGCCAUAUCCUGCUCACUCAGGAGACAGGACGGAACCUUCUUCGGGAACUAUUGAUCUUCAUCGCCGCAUGGGAUUUGCCCGACGAUGAACUCUAUUUCAAGAUGAUGGUGCAGAUUAUGGACGCAGUUUUAAGGAACGGCCUCAUGUCUCAUGCCUACUCUGACUUCGGCCAACCAAAGGACAUCAUCUCUCCGGCUCAGGCAGUCGUCGUCAAGAUUCUCACACAUAUAUUUAGGGCUAAAUACUCUCCCGCUUCUGUCACAGGAUCAACACAAGCCAACACAACGAAGAACCCAGCACCGCUCUCUAGGGUCGAUAUUCUCACAGUCCGCUACAUAUUCACCAUCUUCCGCGGAAACAUCAUCCCAGAAACCUGCGCAUUGAUCUACCUUCAAGGCCAGAUCCGUGCUGGACGGGCGCUCCCCGAGGACUUCCCGCUGAAUCUGUGGGAUAUGGAACGGGUCUACGAAGGUGUCUACCAAUUCCUGGAAUUUUUCGCCGUCCUUACCGAAAAUAACGACUGGAAGAACCUUCUAGUCAAGUGGGAGAUUGUCUACGAUUUGGUUACCUUGAUCAAAGAACUUGAAGCAAGCAUCCCUAAAGGGCAAUUGAGCCAAUUGUCCCUCGGGCCCCGUAGCCCUUCAAAGGAGUCCCAACCAAGCGUUCCUGGACCAGUUGCGGUUGAACGACCCUAUGACCCCAGUGAUCCAGACCCGGUGGAUGGCGGUGCUCCUUCUAGAGCUGAGUCGCCCCCGAUAACUGAAGACCCAUCCGAAUUUGAAUGGAGGAACCUUAAGAAGCUUGUCGUACUCGUACUCUCGUCUCUUGUGUGGAAGUGCCCAGAGGUCCAAGACCAAAUCCGUCGGCAUGGCGGCGUCGAGACCAUCCUGUCUUGCACCAACUUUGACGCGCACAACCCCUACAUCAAAGAGCAUGCGGUCAUGUGCUUGAAGUUUUUGUUGGAGGGUAACCGCGAGAACCAGAAGCUUGUAGAAGAGCUGGAGGCGCGUGAAGUAGUAAAAGACGAGAACGGACUACUCGAGAGGAGCGGGUUCGAGGCCGUGAUCGACAAGACUGGCAAGCUGGCAAUCCGACCCAAGGACGGGAACGGAGAAAAGAGAUAA